UUUCCAUUAGAUUUCCUGCCCAGUUUUGAGCCUGCUCGGCUGCUCCACGGUUAACAAAGCCUGUGCAUCCUUGACGAGAUCCCGACAAGCGGCGCGUUGAUCUCAAGGGUACGACUCAUAGAGUGUCUCGACAAAGGCAAAGCAGCAAGUGUCGUGCUCAAGACUACGACGACCACGAGCGAUAUCAGCCGCGGCGGCGAAGACGUUCUUUUUUGAGAAUGUGGGUACACUCUUUAUUCGUGGGAGGGGCGGCUUUGGCGGACGAAGGCACAGCUCAAGGAACGACGAGUCCACCGCGAUCGGCCGAGCACCUGUUCGGGAUCCGGACGCCAUCACGUGCUAUACAACAUGCGCUCACCAGGCGGUACUCUACCGUCUCUCGGGUGACUAUAUCCUCUGCGUGUUGAUCCGGGUUUUGCAGAGAUGGGAGGCUUUGGCAAAAUAAGUGGACGUCACUUACCUGCUUGCUGUUUUCCCAUCUUGCACGGACUUUGUUCCUUUGGCAUCUCGGCACGUUUGUUGCAACGACAGGUUGGGUUAUUCCCACACAUCAAGGCUCGAUUCGCAGGCACAGUUGUGCCUGGCAAACAGCUCACCGUCAAAGCAUGGAAGGUGGAUUCAAAGACCAUUCUUUUUGAGAGUUGCGUGGAUGAGCGCGUCGUGCUCCACGCCGCUGCCGUCACACUCGCUUAAUUGUUUGUGCUUAGGUGGUGUCUUCAUCAUUUCUCAUCACAAUUUAUAGCGUAUUGUUGGACGUGAAGCCUCUGCGUAGGAUCCAGUAGCGCUUCCUUUGCCUUGCCGCAUGAUUCGAGAAUACUCACUGAAGUAAUUGACUGUCGUCGGAAAGCGGUGCUCUUGGUCUGUGUCGCGCUCUGCUCGGACAACGAGAAGUACACG